AUGCAAGAGCAAUUACAGGAACAAUUGAUGAAAAUCCAACAAGAGAUGAAGGAUCAAAUGUUAGAGGCUCAAAGGAGUAUAAUGGCUGAGAUGGCUCAGCUGUUGAGGGGGAUGACGGAUAAAGGAAAGGCCCUUAUGAUUACCACUGAAGAGGAUAACGAGGGUCAUCCUCCUGGUUUUACUCCACCUCAUGUACAGACUCAGCCUGAGGCAUAUCCCCGAGGGCCGACCGUCACAAUAAGGCCUCAACAGAGACAAGUCGAUGCUGGAAUUCCCAUGAACUUUCAAACUGGUUCGGGAUUCAACCCUGGAGAUAACCCUGCCAAUCUAGUUAUCCCUGAUCUAGAUGUAGCUGAGAGGGAAGAGAUGAGACUCGAAUCAUUAAGGCAAUUGGAAGAACGUUGUAAAUGGUUAGAAGAGAAGUUUAAGGCAUUAGAAAACGCUGAUAAUCGUCAGGGAAUCGAUACCAAAGACUUGAGUUUGGUCCCAAAUUUGGUGCUUCCCCAUAAGUUCAAGAUGCCAGAAUUUGAGAAGUACAAUAGGACUACUUGCCCUGAGACCCAUAUCACUAUGUUUUGUAGACAAAUGACUGGCUAUGUAAACAAUGAUCAAUUAUUGAUCCAUUAUUUUCAAGACAUUUUGGUUGGAGCAGCGGCUAAGUGGUAUAAUCAAUUGAGUCGUGCAAGGAUCAGUUCUUGGAGAGACCUAGCACAAGCUUUUAUGCAGCAAUAUAAUCAUGUGACUGGCAUGACUCCUGAUAGAAUUACUUUGCAGAACAUGGAAAAAAAGCCUAAUGAAAGUUUUAGGCAAUAUGCCCAGAGAUGGAGGGAGGUCGCCAUGCAAAGGUGGCAAGAUAGAGGGGGAAACUGCCAAAGAUCGGCCCUACGGAGGAAAGAUAAUGAGGUGAACAAUACGAGUAGUUAUAAUCCAAAAGCGGUUACGGUUUGUCAGCCCAAAGUAACUGCAGUUGGGCAACAGGAUUCUCAAAAGCAGGGAUCUGGUUCAAGACAAAAUUCUGAGAAGGUUUCAUUUACGCCUAUCCCAGUAACAUAUCGGGAGCUUUAUCAAAGUUUAUUUAAUGCGCAUGCAAUAGCUCCUUUUCAUUUGAAACUACUGCAACCUCUAUACUCUAAAUGGUACAAUGCAAAUGCCAAAUGUGAAUACCAUACAGGGAUAUCGGGGCAUUCAAUCGAGAAUUGCACUGGCUUUAAAAAAAUAGUGGAAAGACUUAUCAGGAUGGGGGUUGUAAAGUUUGACGACACCCUUAGUAAUGAGAAUCCGUUGCCAAAUCAUGGUGAUCAAGGGGUAAACAUAGUUGGGGAUACUGGAACGAGAAGGAUUAAGGACGGCGUGGCUGAGGUAAGAACGCCGAUGAAAGUGAUUUGGGAAGAAAUGGUGAAAAAAGAGAUAAUAACCUCUAAAGGAAGGAAUAGAGGAGUACGGGACUAUUGCGAGUUCCAUGCUGAAGAGGGACACGAGAUCCAGGAAUAUGAAGAGUUUAAGGUCUUGGUACAAGGCCUUAUGGAUAAUAAGGAGCUAGAAUUUUAUGAAGCUAGCUUAGAUGAGGGACAUAUAUGCACAUUAGAAGGGAGACCGAAGAAUCAAAACCGUCUAAGGAUCAUUAUUUCAUUACCAAGAAAUAAUGAAGUUGAAAUACCAGCGGUACCGAAAGUCAUUAUUCAUAAACCUGUUUCCUUUCCUUACAAUGAUAACAAGAGAGUACCUUGGAAUUAUAACUGCAAUGUAACAAUGUCGGAGAAGGAGGAUAUAGCUAGUGCCUCUAAGGAAGUUCGAGGUAAGGGUUCUUAUACACAUAGUGAGAGGCGUUAUGAUGCAAAAGGUGUCAGAGUUGAGCCCGAAAAUGAGUACAGUGUAGUUGAGCAAUUGCGCAAACAACCAACUCGUAUAUCAGUACUGGAUUUGCUUUUGAGUUCAGAGGUACAUCGUGAGGCUUUAAUGAAGGUGCUUAACGAGACUUAUGUUACUAAAGAUAUAUCCGUCAACAAGUUGGAACGAUUGGUUAGUAACAUAAGUGCUGAUAAUUUCAUUUAUUUCAACGAUGAUGAAAUUCCACCUUGA